AUGCCUACAAAAAAUCAAUUGAUUCGUCAUGGUAGAGAAGAAAAACGGCGCACGGACCGUACUCGAGCUUCGGAUCAAUGUCCCCAGAAGCAAGGAGUAUGCCUGCGUGUUUCGACGAGAACACCGAAAAAACCUAAUUCAGCUCUACGUAAGAUAGCAAAAGUACGGUUGAGCAAUCGACAUGAUAUAUUUGCUCACAUUCCAGGCGAAGGUCAUAAUUCGCAGGAACAUUCUAUAGUCUUAGUCAGAGGAGGUAGAGUGAAAGAUUCGCCAGGUGUGAAAUCCCAUCGUAUUCGAGGAGUCAAGGAUUUGCUGGGAAUUCCGGAUCGUAGAAAGGGAAGAUCUAAAUAUGGUGCAGAAAGACCUAAAUCGAAAUGA